AUGGACGUCGAUGUCGCGGCGGCGGCGGGCCAGCUCUCGCAGGCGGACAUCAUCGAGCGGCAGGCGGAGACCAUCGCGCGGCUGCAGCGGCAGGUGCGCAAGGGCAGCGAGUACAAGCAGCUGACCAAGUCCAAGCUCAAGGAGGCGGCCGCGCGCCUGAAGGAGUACCGCCUGCGCCAGCUGAAGCGCGCGGCCGGAAAGGCGAAGAGGUCCGUGAAGGACGCUUUUAGUCAGACGGACGAGCGGAAGACGCUGACGCGCGCGAGUCAGACGCAGUUAAGUGGUGCCGUGCAACGAGUUAACAAGAAGACGCUGGUGGACAAUGGUGUGCAGACGGUGGACAGUGGUGUGUCCAGGAAGAGAGGCAGGGACCGACAAGUGCCCGCCUCCACGCAGACCGAGACGGACCAGUUGGUGCCCAAACUAUCGCGCGACCUGAAGGAGAUGGACACGCAGGUGCUGAUGGAGGAUGUGGCUUCUGCUGGACAGGACGCAGGGACGGUGUGGACGUCGCCGGAGCCCCUGCAGCUGGAGCUUCCGAUGCUGGGGACGUCGGACGCGGCGUUCCCGCACGAGACGAGCGCAGCGUUGGACGCCGAGUUGGCGUUCAGUGACUCGGACGACGGAGAGGGACAGGUGGACACUGCGAAGGAGGACACUUCAGUUGAGACGAAGGAAAGUGGAGCGUGUGGGUCUGGAUUGGCUGGGGGCUUCAACCCCACGGUGCUGGAUGAGAUCGACAAGGAGCUGGCGAGUAGCAGCGACGAGGACGAGGGCGGAGAAGGACAGAAGAGGAAGCAAGGAGAAGGAGAAGCAGGAAGUAGUGGUAAGCGUGAUCCAGCUGGAGUGUCGUUGCUAGAUGGACUCGAUCCGGCUGUGGCGAAUGAGAUUGACAAAGACCUGGAGACCAGUAGCGAUGAAGAAGACGACGACGAGAACGAUGAAGGCCGAAUCGAUGGUGGAGGACGGGCAGCUGAAGCAGCUCCAGCUAGCAAGGUCGGUGCGGAUGUAGGUGGUGACCGUUCUGCUGCCAAAGCAAGUGGAAGUGGGCAUUCACUGCUGAGAGGGAUGGAUCGGGCGAUUUCCAGUGCGAUUGAUGAUGAUCUGGUAACGAGCAGCGACGAUGAAGACGAAGUAGAGAAACCAAACAUCCGUGGCAACCCGAAAGAGCCCAAACAAACAGGUUCAGCGAACGGAGUGGAAGCGAAUAUGCCCACCGGCAAGCGGACACUGAUGUCUAUCGACGACGAGCUGGACGGCGAAUUUGCAGCUUGGGAUUCCGACUCUAAGGAGGAUGCAGGUUCCAGCUCCAGCAGCUCCAGCAGUGGCAGUGAUUCAAGCGAUAGCAGCGACAGCGACUCGGAUGAAGACGCGGAUGAUCCAAUGAUUGGUACUGUGGACAAGAAGGAGGUGAGUUUAGCACGCGGUGGAGUUGCCAUCGACAAGAGCGCAACAUUGAAAAUCAGCAGCUUCACAGCAACGCCAGUGGUUGCUGCGUUCACAGAAGAGAUAUACUCUCCAAUAGUGGAAGUCGAUCCCCAGCCAAAGGCCCCCGAGCCUCUGAAGCUGAAUGGUACAACAGAAACAAUUAGCCAGUCAGAGGAAAAGCCCAGCGUUCAUGCUGCGUCUCAGCAGACACCAGUCCAAGCCCGUAGCCCAGACGCUGUCAACGCGAACAAGGCUGCGGGUGAAGACGUCGUCAAUGCUGCUGAAACAAUCGGAGCUAUGGACAUCGAACCUUCGUCAUCUAUUGCGGACUCUUCAAGCAUAUCACCAUCGAAGCAGGCAGCAGUUGUGUCUCCACGGAUCAACUUGGAUGAACUAACAGACGCAGCAGCAGAUUCUACUCAGUCAAACGCAACUUCGGCGGUUGUAUCUCCCAAUCCUGCUGUGAGCUCGAUGAUGGAGCUUGCUGAAUCCACCGAGCAAGGCAAAAGAACUGAAGGUAGAUCUACUGAUCCAGGGGCGACUUCGGCGGUUGUCUCGCAUGAUGCUGCGUCGAACUUGAUGGUAGAGCCUACCAAACGCUCUGAGCAAGAUGACUCUCAUGGUAGCAAGACUCCACCUCACGCGCAGCCUUCUGCCCCGACGAAAGGCGAUAUCGUUGGAAAGACCCGGAAAGCAGAAGAAGCAAACCUAUAUAGCAGAACUCAAACCAUCGCCAAGAAGAAGAUAAAGGUUGGAGGAGGGGCCUCUGUACCAGUCGUGGACGCAGCACAAGGGCGGACAGCAAAUCCGCCUACAAAUGCAACUACAGAAGCCAAGAAGACGGAGACUAAGCCUGCAGCUCGACCUGAAUCCAAGGAAGAGGUGCAGAUCAAGAAAUUUCUCGCAGGGUUCACGAAAUCCAUCGCCCUGACCAAGGGGGAAGAGGCCGAUAAAGACUACUCGAGGCGCACCAUCGCUCUACUGGUCAACCAGAGCUCCAAGUUUGUCGAUGCAAACCUUGCUCACAGAACACUGCGCCACGUUCUUGCAGAUUCGUACCGUGAGCUGGGAGUCACACCAAUGACCGUGCUGCGUGGAGUGCUAGGGAUUUUCCGGGCCCUUCAAUCUCGACGUUUGAUGCAAGACCGAAGGCUGGGCCUUAGCUGGCUCUGUAAUGAGCUGCUGUUAAAAUUAGUGCGUAUCGGCGACGCAGCCUCGGGAUCGAUGUGUCUGUCAACGGUGGAGGAGUGCUUAGAGCAUUUACGAGAUUUCUUGGUGGAGGAGCGAACGAAUAUCGGUGACGCCAUGACAUCCAGCAAGAUUCAACUACAAAUUUCGGCGCGGCAGGUGUCCGUCAGUCAAGACAAGGUGUUCUUGGCGCAUAUCUGCGCGCUACACACGCACCUUUGUCAGUCAACCAGACAGCUCGGUCGAUCUCGGGUGCUUCUCUUCGAUCUUCUUAGGGACAACCCGAACAUCAGGGGGCUCUACUUCGCUGCGAUUAUGGUGGAGACUUACCCAGCCAUACUGGAGCGUAGUUUCGACCAGCAUUGCGUCGAGCGCCAAGAUAUGCUGAAGGAAACCCUACUACAAGCUCUGACUGCUAUCUCUUGCGUGGCUGCUGAAAGGCAAGAGCUGUUACUGCACCAGUCGAGUCACACGAUGCUGCAUCGCAUCGCUGAUGCCAUCCAGAUGCCGGAGCUGACGGAGCAGACCCUAGCUUCUCAAGAUCAUGGGUGCAGACACUCAGCGGAGUACUACGAGCUGGCCAAGAGUCUGGAGAUAUGCACAGUAGUGUUCGGUCUUGACGUCGUCACGCAGAUCUUCAGUAUCGAACGGUGUCAAGAGCUGUUUAGUCGUGGAUCUUUGGAGACCAAGGGUGGGAUCAUUUCGGUAGUGAGCCACAUUGCGCUGGCUGUGGCAUCGAAGGCGAGUGAUACGCAGAACCCCAGGUCUCGAACCGAGUUGUUUGUGGAGAAAGUCAUCGACUGGCUGUACAAUAUCGUAAAGGAAGAAUCGAGUGGCGAUGAUACUUCAACCGACGAUCGCUUCAAGCUGCUAGCCAAGUGUGCGGAAGUUUGUGUGGGGUUGACUUUGGAAUACUCAGCAGCGGCUGGGCUGGAUACCCGCCGUCGGGUGUUGUGUGCGUGGUACGCUGGUUUCAUGCAGCAUCAUCCGAUCAACUUGUCGGUUUGCCAGCAGCAUUUUUGA